AUGAAGGCGAGGCGAGGCCGGGCGCGGGCGUCGACGGCGCGGCGCUACGCGGACGGCGCGGCGCCGGAGCUGCCGCUGCGGCCGGAGCUCUACACGGAGAACGCCUGGCAGGUGGUGCAGAACGCGGCCGAGUGUGCCAGGCAACUGCAGGCGCAAUUCAUCGAGACGGAGCACAUCUUUCUGUCGCUGCUGGAGGACCCCCAGGGCCCCGGGGCCAAGAUCCUGCGGAAGGCCAACGUGGACAGCGCCCAGCUUCAGAAGCGGAUCCGGCAAUGGGGGGAGAAGCAGCCGCGGGUCAUCGGCGGAUCAACGCCCUCCCAGACGGCGGCAGGAAGGAGCCUCAUUGCCUUGCUGCAAGAAGUGGGGAAGAUCACAAAGCAGACGUGGGGCGACAAGUUCAUCUCCGUGGACGCCCUCCUCUUCGCCCUCGCCGGCGACCAGCGCUGCGGCCAGAAGAUGCUCUCGGAGGUGGGUCUCAACCAGGAGAAGCUAAAAGAAGCCAUCGACUCCGUGAGGGGCACGGGAAAGGUGACCUCUCAGAACGCCGAGUCCAGCUAUGAGGCGCUCGCCACCUACGGCUCGGAUCUCACUGCGCUGGCGCGGGAGGGCAAGCUGGACCCCGUCAUCGGCCGAGAUGAGGAGAUCCGCCGGGUGGUGCAGAUCUUGGCGCGCCGCUCCAAGAACAACCCGGUGAUCAUCGGUGAGCCCGGGGUGGGCAAGACCGCCAUCGUGGAGGGCCUGGCGCGGCGCAUCGUGGACGGGGACGUGCCGGAGGCCCUGAAGGACAAGCAGGUGAUCUCCCUGGACAUGGGCGCCAUGGUGGCGGGCGCCAAGUACCGCGGGGAGUUUGAGGAGCGGCUGAAGGCGGUGCUGAAGGAGAUCAAGGACUCCGAGGGCAAGGUGAUCACCUUCAUCGAUGAGAUGCACCUCAUUGUGGGUGCUGGCGCCUCCGGCGGCGCCAUGGAUGCGGGGAACAUCCUGAAGCCCAUGCUGGCGCGGGGGGACCUGCGGUGUGUGGGCGCCACCACGUUGGACGAGUACCGGCAGCACAUCGAGAAGGACGCGGCCCUGGAGCGGCGCUUCCAGCAGGUGUUGGUGGCGGAACCCACGGAGGCGGAUACCUUGAGCGUGCUGCGGGGCCUCAAGGCCCGGUACGAGCUGCACCACGGAGUCCGGAUCUCGGACCGCGCGCUGGUGGCUGCGGCGGUGCUCAGCAGCAGGUACAUCACGGACCGCUUCCUGCCGGACAAGGCCAUCGACCUCGUGGACGAAGCCUCCGCCAUGGUGAAGAUGCAGGUGACCUCCAAACCGCCGGAGCUGGAGAAAGUGGACCGCCGCGUGCUGCAGCUGGAGAUGGAGCGCGUCAGCAUCGGUGAAGAGAAGGAUGGCCAGAGUCAGCAGAGGCUCAAGGAGCUCAACGCGGAACUGAGUUCGCUGAAGGAGCAGCAAAAGGAGGCUGAGGCAAAGUGGCAGAAGGACGGCGCAAAGCCCUCUCGGCGGUGCAGGAUGUAA